AUAGCAGCGCAUAAUCUGACAGAAGUUCACAAGCCUGCACACGUGCGCCGGCGACAGAGAGGUGUUUGCCGCGGGGCAAAUUAAAUAUAAAAAAUCUUUAGAUGAAUCAACUGAAGUGAUUGACAGCCGUUGUAGAUCGAUACUAUUUGACAGGUAGGGGCGUUGACAGUCAAGCACUACCUUGACAUCUGUCCUGCCUGUUUUAGUAGGUUGUUAAUUGUCGUCUCUUAAAAAAAGCAAGCUUUGGCGCGAGUGUCAUUGCGGAGCAGACACGCGCGUACGUGCGAGGUGAGAUCCAUUCAGCGUGGAUGCAGUCUCGGCAGCACCAGAGCUUCCUAAUUUCUUCAUGGCAGGAGGACUCCACAAUGUCUGCCUAGCAUGGCUGGACCUCCUGAUAACCCAGCGACCGAGGGACCGUUAUGGCUUUUAGCCGCACCUGCAAAGUGGAUCCCCUGUCCCGAGGCAUCUUUAGGAAGUCAGUGGUCAUGUUGUGCUCGCUGCUUACCUCCCUGUUCCUCCUCUACUGUGUCACUGACCGAUGCAGCACCCUGCCCGCCACGGUGAAAACCUCCACACAAGUUGGGGGUAUAUUCUCUGAUGAACUGCACGAUUUAAGAUCGCUGAGGAGAAAAAGACUCCUGCAAAAAUGGAACACACUGCCAGAGACGGUGAGUCACAUCUCAGCCAAAGGACCAUCGCACUUCACUGGCGAUGACAACGCGAGUCCGGUGUACUAUGGACCUCUAAAGUUGGGUGACGAUGGGGAGCCGGUGGAGGCUUUACUCCUGCCGCCUUUGGAUGUACUUUCUCCGAGGAGAGUGUCGCCGAGGUUCGCAGGAGCAGGUCAGCUCAGUCCUUUGGGAGAAGGGACCAAGAAACUGCCCCAGGCGCUCAUUAUAGGUGUCAAGAAAGGAGGCACACGCGCGCUGCUGGAGUUUCUCCGCGUGCACCCGGACAUCCGGGCCGUGGGAGCGGAACCGCACUUCUUCGACCGCAACUAUGAGAACGGACUCGAGUGGUACAGAGAGCUGAUGCCCAAGACCCUGGAGGGCCAGAUCACCAUGGAGAAGACCCCCAGCUACUUUGUGACCCGAGAGGCCCCGGCCCGGAUCUCCGCCAUGUCCCGGGACACCAAGCUGAUCGUGGUGGUGCGGGACCCCGUCACCAGGGCCAUCUCCGACUACACCCAGACCCUGUCCAAGAAGCCCGACAUCCCGUCCUUCGAGAGCCUCACCUUCAAGAACAGAACCACGGGCCUCAUCGACACCUCGUGGAGCGCCAUCCAGAUAGGGAUCUACGCCAAGCACCUGGACAACUGGCUGCAGUACUUCCCCAUGGGCCAGAUCCUGUUUGUGAGCGGCGAGCGGCUCAUCAGCGACCCGGCCGGGGAGCUGGGCCGCGUACAGGACUUCCUGGGACUCAAGAGGAUCAUCACGGACAAACACUUUUACUUCAACCAGACCAAGGGCUUCCCCUGUCUGAAGAAGGCCGAGGGCAGCAGUAAGCCACACUGCCUGGGGAAAACCAAAGGACGGACCCACCCCAACAUUAACCCUGAGGUGGUGCAGAGGCUACGGGACUUCUACCGGCCCUUCAACAUGAAGUUCUACCAGAUGACCGGCCGGAUAUUCGGCUGGGAUGACUGACUAAAAAGUGCCUCUUUCUUGGGUUCUCAGUGACACUGAGACCGUUACGGCCCGGCCGAAGCCCCAAGCCGAAGCAAUAUGUAUUUGUGAGAAACAAAAUGGGGUGUAAUCUGCCCCCUUUUUGACACAAAAAGAUAUGCAAUUUCUUUCCAUCCUACGAUGUAAUGAUCCAUCAUCAGUGCUAACGCAAACAUAACAUUUGAGUCGGUGUUUUACUAGUUUAAAGGUGCAGGAUGAUACGUCACUGUAAUUUCAAAAGGCAAGUGGUUCAGAGCUGUUAUACAUGGAUUACGGUGUGCGGCUCUCGUCUCUAUGAAGUUUUUAGUAAUUGCAUCGUCUGGGACGCCGAGAUUAAAAAGGCCUUACUGUGCGAUUAAAUGCCAUAUCUGAAGCAUAGCAAGCGGUUUUCGAAAUGCGUUUGUUUGAUUGUAUAAUAAAAUGAAACAUUUAUUUUUUAAAUGUAUUUAUAGAAGUUACACGAUAUUUUGACUAACUCACCGAUAUAUAUUACCAUGUUAUAAUUAAUGUAUUCAUACGUUUAUUUUUGUUGAAUAGCGUCCAUUCUAUGUAUUUUCUUCUGUCCAAUAUACAUUUCUUUCCUGCCCAUUAUAAUAUACAAACUCGCUACAAGAAACAUUUCCCGCCCUUGCCUCCGUCCAGCCCUCUCCAUUUCCACCGCUGUCAGAAUUCAUCAGUUUGAGCGAGGGUUUUUACCCACAAUUCACUUCAUUACGUGUAAAGGCACAGAUAGUGGUCACAGGGAUCCAAGCAACCAGCCGCGCUGCUGCUGCUGCUGUACAGUAAAGACUCCCUGAAGGAGGGUCCUCCCGCCAGACUGGGGGACUCACAUUUCUCUCCACGCAUGCCUCCUUGUGAACUGAAUACACUUGAUGUCAUUGGGCUUCCUCGGCCCCGAGGCAAUGUGUAUACAGGGGCUCUGUUCGGAGACCACGAGACGGGGGCCAACAAUGGCCGUGUUGUGUUUUCCAUUUAUAUCGGCGAGUGCUGCGUGCCGCCUUCUCCCAAAGCAGAUGUCCGUCAAAGAGACUCGAAAAACCAUCAGUGUUUUGUUUCGGUUUCUUUGGAGUUCUGAACGUUACUGUUUUUCUGGGGGGUUGCCCUCAGUGUUCACCGUUGUUAUUACGUUAUUUUUCUUUCCGUUGUUGAUUGUUGUCGACCUAAUUUAAAAACCUGUUGGAAUUUCAAUGAUAGAAAAAUAUAUAUAAAGUAUACUGUUAUGUAAA